AUGUUUGGCAUCUUUAUACAUCAACAAUUCGUCGCUAUUCGACAUUUAUUUUUUUUUCUUUUCUUCCAUUUAACAUUCCUUAAAUUAAAUUCAUCAACUAAUAUGGUAUAUUCACCAUCUUAUAUUCAUUAUGUUCGUCGACAUCCUGUUCAUUCUCCAUUAUCAUCAGCAUCAGCAUCAGCAUCAAUUACGCCUGAUACAAAAUUUUUAACAUCACUUCUUGAACGUUCACGUGCUCAACGUGAUACAUAUGAUGAAAGACAAAAACUUUUAUCAACAUAUAAAAUUAUAUCAAAAACACAAUGUUUAUUACAAAUGCGUUCCAUGGAUGGUUAUGUUGAUGCUAAACAUGUGACUAAUCUAGAUGAUACACAAGAAACAAAAGAUGGUAUCUUUUUAUUUCUUCCGAUUGCUGUUAAUCUAUUUUUAAUACAACAUAAAGGAAGUAAACGUUAUCUUUGUGGUGAAAAUAAUCAAUUAUUUGGACUUUUGGAAAGAAAUGAACGUCAAUGUGUAUUUGAAACAAAACGUUCUGAUAUUGAUUUUGGUCGUUGGGAUUCUUAUCGACUUUUUUAUGAAAAUCCAAAUCGUGGAUAUUUAUCGAUUUCACAUAUGUGUCAUACAAGGUUGAGAAGAAAAUUUGAUAAUGAUAAUUAUUUAAAUUUUCUUGCAUUUGUUCGUAUCAAUACUGAUAUAUCUUUGGAAACAGCUGCUGCACGUCGUAUAGUUAAUAAUCAGCAAGAUAGUUCAAUAAGACAGAGAAUGAAAAAUACGAAUCGAACAAAUAAUAAUAAUACACCGAAUUUAAUAAGUGACUAUCGACAACGAUUUCGAAUUUCUCUAACAACAACGACAACUACAACAACCACUACUACUACCACCACCACCACCACCACCACAACAACAACAACGACAACAGUUAGUCCUACACAUAGUUUAAACAUACCAUUAACAACUCGUCGAUGGCGUUCAAGAAGAACUCGUCGUCCCUAG